AUGCAGGCGGCAGGCACAGGCACCACCGCAGCCAGCGGCCGGGACGGCCAGGAUGGCUACAGCAGGCCAGGCGGUGCAGGCGCAGCCGGCGGAGCCGCCGCACUCGUGGCCAGAAGGCUGGAAAACCGACCGCAUGUAUUCACCCUCAGUGUGCCUUUCCCGUCCCCCUUGGAGGCAGACAUUGCCUAUGGAUCCCUGGCCCCGGAUAAAGAACCCCACCGAGAUGCAGUUCGGAAGGAGCUCACGGUGAGCGGCCGCGUCCUGGCGGUCUGCUGGAGAGCUGGAGAUUCUCACCUCCUCCGAAUUUCCAUCAUCAACUUUCUUGACCAGCUUUCUCUGGUAAUGCAGACCAUGUAUCGAUUUGGGCCCCCUCUUUCUCGCUGA